AUGUCUCAACCUACCACAAUCUCUGACGUUUCCAUCGACGACCAGAUAUCCUCAAAUGUCUCCUCCACCAACCCUAAAAUCCAGCGCACCAUUCUACGUUUUCAGCAAAAGAUCGCCUCCAAAAACUACUACGAGGCCCAUCAAACCAUUCGCUCCAUCACAAAUCGUUUCCUUAAGGCAGCCCAAUUCAACCACUCAAUCGACCUCCUUUAUUACUCUAUUUUGAUUCUUAUCAAGCACAACCAGAUCAGUUCCGCUUCCGACUUGAUCUUCUUCUUGAUUGAAAUAUUGAACUCAAACGCCAUCUCUUUGACCAAUAAUGACGACUUGAUCGACAAAAUCUUGAUCAUUAUCAAAUUCCUACCUUCAAACGAAAUAUCCUUCAAAAAGAUUUCAAACGAAUUUGUCCUAUACUCGAUCAACAACUCCUCCUACACUUUUGGCAAUCCAAAUUUCCACGAUUUAAUUUCAAUCAAGCUAAUUGACCAAUUCAAUUCAAUUCUCACCAACAACAACGACGGCGACGCCACUGCUCAAGAUAAUCAUUCUCAAAUUAUUGAUUUACUAAACCAAAUCCAAAAUAACCAUCUUCCCUUUGGCACAACCAAGUCUUUCAACCAUUACAAACUAAUCAUUAAAAAUCUACUAAUCAACAAUUCCUCCUCCUCUUCAUUAAACCCCCUUCUUCUACAAUCCAUAAUCUUGAAACCAAUCUUCUCUUACCUCUUAAUUCAAAAUAUCAAAGCCUCUAUCGAUUUUCUCUCUUUUAUAAUCAACUUGUUAACCGAUUCUUCUCUUUUUAUCUCAAGUUCUCAAUUAAUUGAUCUUCCUGAUACUAACAUUGCCAACAAAAAUUCAGUCAAUUUCAAAUUGGUCUAUUUCAAUGACUUCAAAUUACUAAACAUCCUACAACUACUAAUCCUAUCAAUUCAAUUGCACCAAAAAGAUAUCUUCAUAUCUCUUAAAAAUUCCUUCAUCAACCAAUUAUCUCUCCAAUCUUCAACCAAUACUGACAUUGAUAAAGAUAACCUAAUCAACAUCUUAAACUCCUUGGCUCUCAUUUACUUUAAUAUCAAACAAGAGAAUCAAUCAAACUUUCUACAACAAAUGAUGUCCGGUUUCUUUAAUAAUCAACCCACUACUACUACUAGUACUAUUACUACUACUACUAGUACUGUCGCUAAUAAUCAACCAUCGAUUUAA